AUGACAAAACUUGAAAAAAUGAUGCCCAAUGCAAAAUGCGCAGCCAUACUUGCUUUUCUUCAUAAAAUAACCAUAUUCUUAGUUGGCUCACUUGUCCAAUACACAGCAGCCAUAAUCAACAGGGCCAUGAAAAAAGGAAGAGAGGCUGGUGCUAAAUACAAAAGCGGGAAUAUUUUUAUCCUUGCAAGACAUCCUCCUGAAGUUACAACCACCAGCAAUGAUUACGCAAUGUAUGAUCAAUCACAAACACAUGAAACUGUUCACUUUGAAGAUUUAUUGCACAAGCAUGUUGGAGCCCCAGAAUUUCUGAGAAAGUAUUACGUUGCAUUGAAAAAUACCACACUGAUCCAACAUGGCUAUCUUUUUAUGCAAAGAGUGACUGGAGAAGCAGAAACUUACGAGUUAGAUAAAACUGAAGAAAUUCUAUUUCAAGAUGUCAAUAUGGAUAAUAGAAACAAGAUUGAGGACUUAGAUGAUGAUGUUCAAAAAGUAAUUUCUGAUUUUAUUAAAAAGAAAAAAAAAGAAAAUGAGGAUAACAAAGCUUUCAAGAUUUGA